CAGGCGAGGUGAGACAGGAAGGGGAAACAUGCCCAGGAGCAGAGGAAGUUUGAAAUCCAUCUAAUUUAAUUUCCACUCUCAGUUUUACUGUGGGCGUUCUGUGAGAUUUGGUCUCGGGAGAUCUUGGGUUUAUCCGUCAAUCCGUGGUCUGAGUCCAUACCCAGGCCCCUCCUUUUUUCUUUUCCACGAACUCAAUCGGUUGCAGAAGGGGAAGGUGUGAACCAUUCUGAAGCAUACGUAAGCGCUGAAAGCAGGUGGCUGAAGCAGGGUUCCGAUGUCCUCUGCGUCUCUGCUACUCUGGCUCUCUGCUUCUCUGCAAUUCUGCCCAAGUAUUCUGCGCCACCACCUACGCUCUACGAACAACCUGUGGUUCUGAGAAUGGAGAUGCAGCCUGACACUCCUGUGGUUGUUCACCACAAAAGUAGUGCCGGUGUAAGUGGGGCCAUCCAGACGAACAAGUAGAAGAUUUCGAUUUGGCGAAGGUGGGCUAGCAUUAGCCUUCUGUGGCUCAGUCAAUUUCGAUAACAUAUCUCAACCUUUGCCUACGCGAAGAGCAGAAGAUAAGAUGUUGCUCAAUCUAAGGAAAGCGGACAUGGGGUCUUCUGGCUAUUAUCAACGUACAGGUCAAUUCGAGCCUUUACUGGCAGCAUUGCUCGAUGAUCCUGUUCUGGCAGAUGUACCAAAAAAACCCACUGUUGCAGAUAUCGACAAGCUUAUCGGUGUUGAGUUGGGCAGUGCUAUGAAAUUAUCUAUUCUUAAAAUGGAUAACACAUCAUUUGACGUUGCAGUUCUAAACACGGCAUCUGUACGCGAGCUGAAAGCAGAACUUGAGAAAAAGGUGGACUCGAUGGAGCAAGGGCAACUGGGGCACCGUCACAUUUCAUGGAAGCAUGUGUGGGGAAAUUUUUGCCUAACCUAUAAUAAUGAGAAACUGCUCAAUGAUGAUGCUCUGUUGCGCGAGUUUGGUAUCAAAAACAAUGAUCAGUUACACUUCGCUCGUCAUAUACCAUCAAGAGAAGCUGAUGUGCAUUCUAGGGCAAAAAAAAGACGGUUCUUCCACGGCUUGCGCAAAAGUAUUAGCUUCAACAGCUCAUCAACGAUUAGACGCAGUAUAUAGGCAUCGAGAUUAUACCGAAGAUACGUAGAGAAAUGAUUAUGAGGAGGAUUUGUGCAGGGAAAAGGUGACGUCGCAGCCAUAGACAGUAGACACCGAAAUCAGCGGAACUACCAUUCCGCUUCCUAUACUUAGGAAGGGGAAAUGUCCUUCAAAGAAGGGUGUACAACAUGAAUAAAGAAAACGUUCUC